AAUCUCUCUCUCUCUCUCUCUCUCUCUCUCUCUCUCUCUCCUCGCCCUCGCAGUACUAUUUUUCUCUAAACUUUGCUCGCGCCCUCAGCCGUCCGACUGCACGCGUUUCUGCCGCUUUUUUUUUGUUUUUCUACUCGUACAAUCUGCAUUAAUGUCUGUUGGCUGGCGCUCUGUGAUCUUCCUCCACUCAGCGGGGCCGCUCCUGAGCUCGACUCCUCUUCGCUCCUCACUGCAGAGGUUGUGAGAUCUUCGAUGUCUGCCAGUGGAAAUGAUCCAGACUGGAACAGAGCCAGAGCCUGCCACAGCCAGUCAUAAGGAGGCGCUCUCUGUGGUGAGUGAGGAUCAGUCUCUGUUUGAGUGUGCCUACAGCGUGGCCCAGCAGGGUAAAGCAGAGAUGACGGCGUCAGCGGCCAGCGAGUAUGGUCAGAGUAAACUGAGCCCACGAGCGCCUCAGGACUGGCUGACCGCUCCGCCUGGCCGUGUCACCAUCAAGAUGGAGUGCAGCAGCGGAGGAGGGCCUGCAGGAGCCGGAGGGGGCGGAGGAGGAGGGGGGCAGGUGAAUGGCUCCAGGAGCUCUCCUGAUGACUGCGGCGUGGGUAAAGGGAAGAUAGCAGGAGGAGGAGACGGUGCUCCAAUGACUUACAGCAACUACAUGGAAGACAAACACAUCCCCCCACCUAACAUGACCACCAACGAGCGUAGAGUCAUCGUUCCUGCAGACCCCACACUGUGGUCGGCGGAUCAUGUGCGUCAGUGGCUGGAGUGGGCAGUGAGGGAGUACGGCCUGCUGGAGGUGGACGUGUCUCUGUUCCACAGCAUCGAUGGGAAGGAGCUGUGUAAAAUGACCAAAGAGGACUUCCAGCGCCUCACGCCCAGCUACAACGCUGACAUCCUGCUGUCCCACCUGCAUUACCUGCGCGAGACUCCACUUCCCCACUUGACCUCAGACGAUGUUGACAAAGCCUUGCAAAACUCUCCGCGGUUAAUGCAUGCCCGUAACACAGGAGGUGCAAGCUUCAUCUUCCCCAAUACCCCUGUCUACCCACCUGACACCCCCCGGGCCCCCGCUAGACCAGAUUUGGCUUAUGAAGCCGCCAGACGAUCUGCAUGGCCACCUCAAUCAGCAGCGGUCAAUAAAGUCUCACAGUCCUCACCAGCCAUUGUCACCAAAACAGAGGAGCAGAGGCCACAGCUUGAUCCAUAUCAGGUUUUGGGACCCACAAGUAGCAGGUUGGCAAACCCAGGCUCAGGUCAGAUCCAGCUGUGGCAGUUCCUGCUGGAGCUGUUGUCAGACAGCUCCAACUCCAGUUGCAUCACGUGGGAGGGCACCAACGGCGAGUUCAAGAUGACGGACCCGGAUGAAGUGGCGCGGCGCUGGGGCGAGCGCAAGAGCAAGCCCAAUAUGAACUACGACAAGCUGAGCCGCGCGCUGCGCUACUACUACGACAAAAACAUCAUGACCAAAGUGCACGGCAAACGCUACGCCUACAAGUUCGACUUCCACGGCAUCGCUCAGGCCCUGCAGCCGCACCCGCCCGAGCCAUCUGUCUACAAGUACCCUACGGACCUACCCUACAUGAGCUCCUACCACGCCCACCCGCAGAAGAUGAACUUUGUGUCCCCUCACCCCCAGGCGCUGCCUGUCACAUCGUCCAGCUUUUUCGCCGCACCCAACCCCUACUGGAGCUCGCCCUACCCCGGCCCGCGCCACCCAGCCGCCCACAUGCCCUCCCACCUGGGCACCUAUUACUAGACUGGAGAAAUGGGGAAGGAAAAAACAUCUCACCUGAGUUCAACUGGAGCGCCCCCCCCCCCAAACGCUAAAACGGGCAAACGGGCAAACGGGGGAAAACUGAGCCCGCUGAGCCAAGCGCCACUACCGGAAUCAUCCAGGUGCAGAAUUAAAACAGGAGACUCGAGGGAACUGAGGAAAUGUACAGUAAUUGUCUCACAGGGCUGGGGGAGGUAGGGAGGGGGAGGCGCACCAUAGCAAAAAACUAGUUUGAAUUUGGGAUGUUGCAUGUAAUGUUUAGACCAGGGGUGCAUCGAAUUUACUAGAUUCAGACGUGUACAUCAUUUCCACUUGAAUAAAUUGUAAACAUUAGCACAAUUAUUGGCCAAAGAAGGUAAACUGAAAAUUGUGUUGACAAACAUAUGCAGUUCUGUGCAAAAGUCAAAGACCACCCCUUAUUUACACUCGAAAGGUGUGUUGUCUGCAUAGAGUAACACACAGGGGAAGCCACGAUUCUGCUGAAGUAGUACUCUUUUAUCAGCACCAGGCAGAAAGGCUCAUAAACACGACCAAAGAGCAGGCAGGUCACCUCUAGCUAUACAGUUCCACUCAAUGGUAAACACAACCCACUCUAUCAAACCCCACUCCACCACACAGAAUAACACAGUAAACACAUACCACAUACCUUUAACUGACUAUCAGCAACAUGAACAACAUUAAGGGCCAUUUUUAGGGGAGUGUGCACCUUCCGUGAGGCUCUUUGCAUGGCCCUCUGUAUGGUCACGCCUCCCAAGCCUCUCACUGCCAGUAGCGGGAUGCUACAAUGUAUUUAACAGAAAACUACACAGAAGCCUCAACAACUUAAUCUAAUUUAGUUUGUCAGUAUUUAGUUUGUCACUUCUUUUUGGGAGACUUGUUUUCAGUCUUUUAAAGAAAUCUGCAGGGAUAUUUUUCCACACCUCCAAAGUUCAGUCUUAGAAGUUGGUUUCUGUAGUGAUUCGGUCAUGUUGACGUCUGGGCUCUGGGGCAGCCACCAAAGUCUCAAGGAUGAAAGCUUUAAGUGCUGUUAUCUGAUAGUGACCGUUUUGAUGGUCUAACAGGUCUUGCACGGUUGCUAGGAGUCUUCACUACAGAGCUCUCUCUUUAUCUUUAGUUCCAGUUUGGAAGCUCCUUUUUUUUUUUAAACUUAUUUUCCUUUGACUUUCCUCUGUCUUAUGCACUUAGAUUACUUUAUAUCUAAUCUGCUCAGAAAUAUCUCCUGAAAAAUAAAUAGCUUGGGCUUAAAGGACUUUUUCAGUGGAAAUAAAGAAAUACAGAGUGGUCGCUGACUUUUGCACAGAACAUAUUUUAUCAGUGUGGCAAUGUUGUGUGCAUUUGGAUCAUGUACUUUUCAGUGUGGUUCGGACUCUGAAUAGUGCAGUGUAGUUUGGGGUCUAAAGGACUAUGCAAAAAGCAAUGGCAAAUUUGACUGCAGAUGCACUGGCCGCAUAACACACGUCAGUUUCUUUGCCUUUGGCCACAGUGCAGCCCUGGUCCAGACUACGGUCCAGAUGAACGUCAGCAGCAGGUCAUUAUAAGAAUGUGAAAGCGCCAAUUAGCAAGUUACAUUCAUGUAAAAAGGGCUUUUAAUUUACCAAAAUGAAAAAAAAAACAGGUGCAUGAACAGUUAUGUAUUAUUAUAUAUGUUUUAAAAGUAUUAAACUACCUUAUUUUGAAAAUGGAAAUGUUAGAGUGCAGAGAACGAGUUAGGAAGGUGUAUAUGAAGAUAAAAAGAUGAAGGAGGGGCUAAAGGAAGAGAGCGAAAGCUACAGGAAAGCGAAACGUGGAUCGAGGUCAGACGGAAAAUGCUGAGUAUUAGUCAGGAAAGCAGUGGAGGGAACAUAAGGCGUUGCAGUCAUUAAGUAUUAUUGCUUUGGAUGUACAUUGCCAUGUUUAUCAGUAUUAUACUACACAGUAGUUCAUAUGGCAUUAUAGAGAACAAAGAAGGGACAUUCAUUUGCCUGUUCAUGUCGAAAUGGGAAGAACCUUGAAAAUGACGCAUCUUUGUUUUGCUAUGUAGAAAACUGGAAAGCAAACGAUUCUUUAAGUGUUUUUAAAUGACCUCAGACCUUUUUAGACAGAAGUGGAUUUUUAAAAAUCAGUGCCUUAUGGAAGACGUUCCUCACACAGCCAUGAAGGUUUUGCCAAAGUACCAUUUUUUUUGUGUUAUUAUUGUUAUUUUCCGAGUCGCGAACGCUGUGCGUUUGUCAGAUUGAAGUAUGCAAUUCAGUGCUAUAUUUCUUUUUAUAAGACAGAUAUAUAACUUAUGCAUUUAAACACUACGAGUUGAUCUCAGCCAGCCAAAGACAGACAUUUUUAUGAUAGAUUUAGAAUAAAAAAAAAAAAUAAGACGUGGACCAAAGUUGGCAAUUGAACAAUUGUGGCCUUUGAACUUUAAGCUCUAUAUACGACUGUUUACAAGUGCAAGCUAUAUGCGCUAGUGUAAGAUUUAUUGUUUGUGUGCAAGCUGGUCUGGUAUGGCAUUCAGGCCGGGCUCAGUGACAGCAGGAUUUACAGUUUGAAAAGGAAAACUCUGUAAAAUCUCUGUCCACUGAGCACCUGGGCUGAUGCUCUGAGAUUGCUGACAAAACGAAGAAAACAUAUACUUUCAUAAAUUAUAUGAUUUUCUACUGAGUCAAUUUAAUAAACUAUUUUCAAACCAAA